AGUGGUUUCUUGGUGACACUAUACCGAGCAGCUACAGCCUUUAGCACUUCUGGGUUCUCAUCGCGGACAGUCUUGGACUUUGGGAUUUUUGCCACUGUGAGAAGGACGUCUCGGACUUUUAUCUCCCAAGCACUGAGAAGAUCACCCCCUUCAGCAGGUCUGCGCAUCGCCAGAAUGAAGCUGGUUUCCAUCGCGCUGAUGUUGCUGGGCUCCCUGGCUUUCUUAGGAGCGGAUGCCGCGCGGCUCGACGUGUCCUCGGAGUUCCGAAAGAAGUGGAAUAAGUGGGCUCUAAGUCGUGGGAAGAGGGAAUUGCGAGUGCCCAGCAGCCACCCCGCCGGGCUUGCUGACACGAAGGCUGCGUCUGUCCAGACUUUCAUUGCGCCCCGGGAUGUGAAGGACGACUCCCGGAGUCCCCAGGCCAGCGGUCCUGACGCUGCCCACACCCGAGUCAAGCGCUAUCGCCAGAGCAUGAACAGCAACUCCCAGGGCCUGCGCAGCUUUGGCUGCCGCUUCGGGACCUGUACCGUGCAGAAGCUGGCCCACCAGAUCUACCAGCUCACCGACAAGGACAAGGACGGCGUCGCCCCCAGGAACAAGAUCAGCCCCCAGGGCUACGGCCGCCGGCGCCGGCGUUCCCUGCCCGAAGCCUUCCGGAGCCGGACUCCGGUGUCUUCCGAGCCGCAGGCACGCUGGCCUCCGGCCUCCCGGGUGCACCAAAGGGCCGACAACCUCCUUAGGAUCUAGGGGCCUUAGGAGCCUUGAACAGUCGCUCCGGCGUCCUGUAGGCGUCUCCUGAAGCAGAGGGCUUCGGGUCGGGGGGACCAAGCGAGGCCGUCCCGCAGAGACCUUGCGUCGUGGAGACACACCGGCCGGCCGCCAGCUCUGGUUUUGCAGGGCCCCCUCUCCCCUUCGAGCCUCGGAUCCGCCCGGGUGCCCCAGGGAGGGAGCAGAGGAAUACCAGAGAGUGCCAGUCUCCACCGGGAAGAGGAGAAAUGGAACUAUUGAGACGCUCCAGGCAGGGCUGAGCCCCCGUCUUGAGCGCUCACGAACUGAUUUCUCAACGGGGUGUCACCCCCAUCUGGGGCGCAAGCCUCGAUAUUACUUGAACUUACCAAAAACCUAGGGAGGAAAAGUGCAAUGCGUGUUGUACGUUACAGAGGUAACUAUCGAUAUUUAAGUCUGUUGCUGUCGAGAUUUUUUUAAACUUCAAAUAUAUAGAGAUAUUUUUGUACGUUAUAUAUUGUAUUAAGGGCAUUUUAAAGCAACUAUAUUGUCUCCCUCCUACCCCCUUAUUUUAAGACGUGAAUGUCUAAGCGAGGUGUCAUGUUUGGUUCGUGAGUGUGUGCAUGUGUGUGUGUGUACGGGUGUGUAAGGGAGUGUUGCCUGACUGUGGAAGAAGGAAACAUCGUGUCUCUGUAUAAAUCUAUUUACAUAAAAUGGGUUGAUACGCGAACAGCAAGCCAAAUAAACUGUCUCAAUGCUGA